AUGCCAAGAAUAUUGCAAAUUUUGCCACAUAUCAAACGCAUCAAUUCAUGCAGUUUUGCAAUUAGAUAUAUAAGGACGUCACAAAGCAACAAUACUCAGCCCAUUGGCUUAGGUGUUACAAAUGUAACAGAUGUUACAAGUGCAAAUAAAAUUGUGAUACCGGAAUGGCUAGUUGACGAGGAAAAGUCUACAGACUUUUCACUUAAAAUACUCGAGGACAACGCGUUGUACAUUAGCAAAGCAGAAUCCUCCAAAUUUUUAGUCCCUAAGCCUAAAUCGGACAGUCUAACCAUUACAUAUUGGAUAUAUAAUACCCUAAUUAAAUCAAAAAGAAUUAAACAUGUGGCUAUAACAAUGAACAUUCUAUCACUGGCACAAAUAGAGAAUCAGUCGCUACUCAAUUCACUAAAUAUAGGCCCCGGAUUCAAUAUGAAACUGUAUUUCUACACUAUCCACUUGUGGAUUUUGCAUAGGAGAUUGAUUCAAAUUCGUCCAUAUGGUCAGAUCAUAGACUCUGAGCUUUUUGAUAUAUGUUGGGACAUUGUAACAAAGUGGAUCAUCAAGAAACAGGGGAAAUCUCAUUUAGUGAAGGAGUUACAGCAUGUAAAAAAUAUAAUACAAUUAUUCUGUUUCGACCUAGAUCUUGCGUCACAAUUUAAUAGUAUGAUUCCCACAAAAAUAGCACAAACUCUUUACAAAUACAUGUACAUAGAUCACGGAGUCGACAAACUUGCAAUGAUUAAGCUUGUAAAAUACAUUAUCCGACAAUUUUUACACAUACAAAAUUUGGAAACUGAACAUUUUAUGGAGGCAAGAUUUCAUUGGGCCAAUUACGACGAGGUUUAUCAACAUACAAAAGUGUUUGGCCAAGCAACUCCAUCUAUCCUUAAAUAUGAUGGCUAUACCCCAGAUACCAGUCAUAUAGUUGCUAAGCAAUUGUCAAGUAAUUAUAAUAUAAUACCAAACGAUACAGCGGAUAGUUAA